AUGUCCAGCAUGACCCUCUCAAAUGCACCAUGCCGUGAGUCGUCUCAAUGCUGCUGCCAUGCGAGCGAAGCUGCUAUCCUGUCACACUGGCAGCUUAUGAGGCGCCUCAGAAGUCCUGCCACGCGAGCGAAGCUGCUACCCUGUCACACUGGCAGCUCCUGCUACCCUCCACUGCUAGCGCUCCUCCUUGGAGGGCUUGUUGGGGUUGGUGACCAUGUCCAGCAUGACCCUCUCAGGAGCAUCCUCCCACUUGCCCACGAACUUGGCCAGAUCCACCUAGGGGAGGUACAAAAGGUGGAGGUGCAUGUGGUGGAGGUGCAAGUGGUGGAGGUGCAAGUGGUGGAGGUGCAAGUGGUGGAGGUGCAUGUGGUGGAGGUGCAAGUGGUGGAGGUGCAUGUGGUGGAGGUGCAAGUGGUGGAGGUGCAAGUGGUGGAGGUGCAAGUGGUGGAGGUGCAAGUGGUGGAGGUGCAAGUGGUGGAGGUGCAUGUGGUGGAGGUGCAAGUGGUGGAGGUGCAAGUGGUGGAGGUGCAUGUGGUGGAGGUGCAUGUGGUGGAGGUGCAAGUGGUGGAGGUGCAAGUGGUGGAGGUGCAAGUGGUGGAGGUGCAAGUGGUGGAGGUGCAAGUGGUGGAGGUGCAUGUGGUGGAGGUGCAAGUGGUGGAGGUGCAUGUGGUGGAGGUGCAUGUGGUGGAGGUGCAAGUGGUGGAGGUGCAAGUGGUGGAGGUGCAAGUGGUGGAGGUGCAAGUGGUGGAGGUGCAAGUGGUGGAGGUGCAAGUGGUGGAGGUGCAUGUGGUGGAGGUGCAUGUGGUGGAGGUGCAUGUGGUGGAGGUGCAUGUGGUGGGGAGGUGCAUGUGGUGGAGGUUACGGAUGGAAGGAGAUGCAGCGGACUUGAAUCAAGGCACUACCCCAGCUCCUUUCGGAGAAAAUGCAAGCAGGGAGAACAGGUAUGGGAGCGACUUAUGA